AUGGAUUCGGAGUAUGUUAAAAAACAUCUGGGGAAAUGUCUUGCCGAAGGACUUGCCGAAGUGGUAGAACGGCGCCCUGCAGACCCAAUCGAGUAUCUUGCCCAUUGGAUUUACAAAUACCAUGAAAAUAUUCAAUAUGAGACGCAGAAAGAGAAGCUGGCGUUACAGGAGCGGGAAAAAGUCAAAGCCAGAGACAAGGCAGUGCACCAGCAGAAACUGGGGGAGGAAGAGAGAAACAUUGAAGAGGCCGAGGGCGCCAAAAAAGUAUCUGAACCCAGGGUUUUCACACCUCCAACAGACCUGCCAAAGGUUGCCACACCACAGGAGAAAGAUGAUGUUACAGAUAAUGUUGCAGCUCCAGAGUCCAGUGGGUUACAACCUGUGGGGGUCAGCGCUUCUCCUUCUGAGGUCCCCAGCACUGAAGCCAAAGAGGAAUCCAAAGAAAUGCCUGAUGGUGAAACUGAGUCAGAGUUAAGCAAUGCUCGAGUAGAAGUUGAAAAAGCUACAAUUGAGCAAGAUGAGGAUGAGGGGGCUGAAAGAAAUGAGGUGGCUGAACCCGAACUCACCACUCUAUUAAAAUCUUCAAGCCAAGAC